AUGCAUUUGCUCCGAGUUAUCGGGCUUGCGAUGCUCGCCAUGAUCCCAGCACUGGCUCGCAUGGCCAAAAUUAACCCGCGGACCAGAAUCCAUGAAGGGAGGGUCGCCGUUGCUCCUCCCGAAGACGAACUCGAAACUCUGGUCCACAGAGACAGCAUGUGGAUAGGUAUCGCGGACCAAACCGAGUGGGACAACUCGGACCAAAGCGACACCGAUGACAAUAGCGGCAAUAAGAAGGUCGAGGCCCAACACUGGCACAGCCCCAAGGCUUAUGUGGUGCCGCUCGUCAUCGGGUCCAAGUCGGGUGCCGACAAGGACAACAUCAAGAGGUUCAGGGACGCCUUGUCACAAAACGGCCGGACCAAAGUCGUCGCCCUAGCCAUCUCGACCAACUUUGAUAAAUCUUGCGGUCCUACGGUUCCCCCCGUGUGGCACUUCCUUCCUUCGCCAAACCCGGUCCCUGAUUUCGACCGCGUGUUGUCUCGCCAGCCGGAUGAGCACUGGCUUCCUGCCCACCUGUCGGGCGAGAUCAUCAACGCGACGAACCGACUGCUCAUCCUGAACCCCCGCGGCGGGUUCGCGGUCGACGGAAUCUGCGAUGCCUGGUAA